UUGACCUUUGACAUUGAUGUUGACGCUGCUAACCGGCAGAUAUAUCACCAUUGUAUUCACUGCUAGAUCUAGUCUAGAUCUAGAUUCUAGAUCUAGAUAAAAAUGCUACUUUGUUUUUUUAAGUAUUUACCAGUUCUCUUAGUCACAAGCUUUUUAGGUGCGCGCUCAGAAGAAAUAGAUCUAAAUGAGAAUGCUAAAGAAGAAGUGUUCGAUAAAUUAAAGCAGAAGCAGUUGAUCUCCCGUACAGUGAGGAAACCAGAGCACUGUUCUGUUGUUUCAGAGGUUGGUGAUGAAUUGCAAAUUCAUUACAAAGGUUACCUUGAAAAUGGCCAAAUGUUUGAUUCUUCAGAGAAGCAAGGCCAAACUCAUUUUACCUUCACCAUAGGUGCUGGUGAGUUGAUUCCAGGAUGUGACCAGGGCUUGCUUGGUAUGUGUGAAGGAGAGCAACGCAGGCUCGUUAUCCCACCCUGGCUUGGAUAUGGAAAAGUAGGCUAUCCUCCAGUUAUACCCCCUGAUGCAACCUUGAUGUUUGAAGUCACACUGAUCUCUUUAAAGAAAAAGAAUUCACAGAAGUCUUUCGCAAGCCUUGAGGGAAUACUUCACUUUUUGAAGUUUAUGACACCCCCUUUAGUGGUCGUCUUUGUCAUCUAUUACUUGUACACACGUUACAAGAAAGAAACUGAAGCUGACAAUGAACUCAAACAUGGAAAAAAAAAAGGGAAGAAUAAUUAACAAUUUUAGUUUACCUCAUCAAUACAGGUUGUUAAAAAAUCUUUAGUACAUUUUUGUUUUUUGAUGCUCUAUAGUUGAAUAAUUAACAAUUUUAGUUUACCUCAUUAAUACAGGUUGUUAAAAAAUCUUUAGUACUUUUUUGUUUUUUGAAGCUCUAUAGUUUUUUUUUUAUAUUAAAUUUAGUUUUUCUGUCUUAAUUCUGACAGUGUCUAACUAAAUUUCUAGAGUUUUUAAAAUGAUGCAAUUUUGGAUUAAUUUGUAUUUUAAUAAGCAAAGGUGUUUAUAUUUUAUUUCGCAAAUACCAAUUACAACAAUUGUAGAUAACACAGUUUUAGUCAAUUGCUCAAAUUAGAUUUAAAUACUUUUCACAUUUUUCUUAACAAAACAAGGAAGUAGAGUAUGAUGGUUACAGCACUGACUUACUUUGUGCUUUCUGCCACCUCAGCUCUGGAUAUUAUUUUACAAUCAAUUCCCUCCGUCCCAAAGAUAAUAUACCCAAUAUAAAAAAAGUUUUAUGUUGAGAUGCAUUAUCUUUAGUUUUCUUACAAAUUCAAUUAAUUAUUUAUAUUUUAUGCUAUUAAUUUUUACAGUAAUCUCAGUAUUGUGUUUAAUUACAUCCUGUGAUAGACAAAUGCCUUGAUGUUUUGUUGAUAUAAAUUUAAAAUAAAACCUGCUUAUCCUCCUUGCCUUAAUGAUGAUAUGUUAUAUUAAUAGCCAUCCAUAUGAUAUAUUUCUCUUUAUAUUUUCUUUUUUUACACACGACUCAUCAAACAACUGCAAAUUUAAAAAGAAAUAUAAACAGUUGAUUAUUUUAUCUUGGAAUCUUCAGAUAAUUUUAUGAAUUAAGAGUGAUAAAAGCAGAUGGAUGCUUUUUAUUGUUUUUUUAAUUUUGUCACACUCAGUUAAAUACUCAUAAAAGAAUUAAAAAAAUGAAACGUUUUGCAAUUGACAAAAUGUACAAUUUUUUAAACUUGUUGUAUUCAAUGAUUUUUUGAUUUUUUAAAAAAUCAGUUGGAUAUUUUUUUUACUGGGUAAAAAAAUUUCAAGUACUAAAAAGUUCUCUUAUUAUCUCUCUAGAAAUGUUUACAAGCUACCUAUUUUAAAUACAUCCUUGCAACAUUAGCAAAGUUUACAAUUGGCAUCCUAUACUGAAUUGUGCAAUGACAUAAUAAACUUGAUGCAAACAAAUGUAAAAUAUUUUAUUUAUAUUACUCAUUAAGUUGAAAGUCUCAAUGUUUUUAUUUAAAAAUAAUGUUUGUCCCCUGCAUUUACCACCUAAAUAAAAUUUUUGCUAGUCUGGAGCUGUCACAGUAGUAACACUUGUGUUAAAAGUGCUUGGCAUUAGUUUAAAAAUUUAGUGGUAAAGGCCUUGUCAAAGUAUAAUGACUUUGUAACUUGUCAGUAUUAACAUUUUUUAUAUACUGAAGUAACAUUGUUUUUGUUAUAUAACUAGCAUUUAUUAGUCAUAGUACCCAAAGAUUGUGUCUACAUUUUUCUACAGGAUCUCUUAAUAUAUGGAGAGAGCUGUGUACAUGUCUUAUUAGGUUAAAACUUGUUUUGAAAACUCCAAGGUGCUGACAGUUUUACCUAGAUAUGUUUUUGUUAUAAACAUGUCAUGGUUAGAAAGUAUUUUGUUUGUUUAAAAAAUACCUGUGAUAAAUUUAUCUUUUGUUUAUUGAAGGCAGCCAUGACAGAUAAGUUGUCAUUUCAUUUAAGAGAAUGUAAGUGCAUUUGUUUUCUCUUGCAGGAAGGACAUGUACUAAAUAUUGUAUCUUCUGGCAUAUUUUUCAUUAUCCACUUUCAGUGUAGUUCAUUAACUUAAUUCCAAUCAGUAUAAAGUUAUGUAUAUUUCUAUAUACAUUCUAUUUAGUAAUCAUAAAUUACAUUUUCCAUGGACAAUUGCUUAUUCUGAAAUUAAUAACAGAAGCAACUGUUA